CUUAGUAAUCUGCCGACGCAAAAGGAAGGUACUUAGACUUCCGAAGCUCGAACGCAUGGUGUCAACCAGGAUGUGUCCAUGGUGAUAUAGCAAACAUACAUACACGGUAGGUCUGACAAAAUUUCAGUCGUUCAGCUCACCACUACUGUCUUCAACCGAGUAGUUGAUCACCACUUACCACCGGAGAAAACGACACUAGCACGAUGGGCGGCGGACCAGCAAAGGACCUCCUCUUAUGUCUUCUACCUUAUCCCGAACCCAAAGACGUUCUCGACACAAUCCGCAGACGUUUCCCGUACAUCGAAAUCGACUACCGUCGAGUCAGUCUUUUCCCGUCGGCGGACGAGUUGAAGGCAGCGGUGACACCUGAAGUAUGGAAAGGAGUGACCAUACUGUACACCGUGACCUCCUUCCCAGAGAAGCUCGACUACGCGCCCAAAUUGCAACUCGUGCAGCUGUCGAGUGCCGGUAGCAAUCAGAUACAAAACCACCCAAUCUACAAGGAUAGCGACAUCGUUAUCUGCACCAGCUCUGGUAUACAUGGCCCGCAGAUUGCGGAGUGGUGUAUCAUGACAGCCUUGGUACAGAGCCACAAGUACAAUGCAUUGCAUGAUAUGCAGAAGCAGCAUCAAUGGGGCCAACAAAAGGGAGACAUAGCGAACGUGCGAGACAUGGUGGGCAGGAGACUCGGCGUGCUCGGAUACGGGAGCAUUGGCAGACAGGUAGGACGCGUAACGAAGGCUAUGGGAAUGGAUGUGUUGGCAUACACUGCCACGCCGAAGGAUACCGCUGAGAAGAAGAAGGAUCAAGGCUUCAUCGUGCCUGGCACUGGCGACCCGGAUGGGUCGCUGCCCAUCGAGUGGUACAGCGGACUGGACAAACACAGCCUGCACCACUUCUUGAAGCAGGACAUUGACUGGCUUGUGGUUUCCGUACCGCUUACGGAACAAACAACCCGCUUUCUUUCCACAACUGAGUUCAAAGCGCUCAGUCAGGAUGGCAAGCGACCGGCUUUUAUCACAAACAUUGCACGAGGCAAAAUCAUCGAUCAGCCAGCGCUCAUAGAAGCUUUAAAGAACAACACUCUCGCGGGCGCUGCGCUGGAUGUAACAGACCCGGAGCCGCUUCCGGAAGAUAGUGAGCUGUGGUCUCUGCCCAACGUGACGGUCACGCCGCAUAUCAGUGGUGUCGGGUCGUCAUACAUGGAACGAGCGUUCCAGCUUUUCGAGGUGAACUUGGGCAAACGAGAAAAGGGCGAGAAGCUUCUCAACGUGGUACGAAGAGAAAGAGGGUACUAGUCGGAGAAGAAUGACCUAGCAUAUCCGCCAUAUGAGGAACAUGAUCCAGUACCAGCAUACUU